AGCCUGUCCCAAGAGGAUCAUGCGAGUCCUCUACGACAUUGACACGCAACACCCAGGAGCGAACGACCAGACCUGACGUUGGGGAGCACACGAUGGCGACGCAGGCGAAGAAUGGGCUCUGCCCGGCUCCAUUCCUGCAGGAGAGUCUCUUUCCCGAGACGGGUGGAUUCAUCGACGGACGCUUCUGCGAAACGACUCAGACGGCCCGGGGCGCAGUUUCUUGCUGUCUGCCAUGCCCAUCGUCAGACUGGAGAUAUACAGAUCUGAAUAGCAAUACAAAAGUAGCGAGUUGGCUGAACGUCGCAAUUCUCCCGCUCAGCAUAUUUCUUCUCGCCUCGUAUGCUGUCCUUCCUGCAAAAUGGACGCAUCGCCACUAUUUGAGUAUUUGCUUCACCCUGGGCAUCUGUUUUAUGGAGCUUGCCUUCAUCAUCCCUCUUGGCUCUAAGCCAAAUCAAUGUUAUAAUGAAAUUACACCCAAUGAUAUGAGAUCGGACCUUUCAUGUGCUUUUACGGGGUCCUUCCUCCUCUUUGGUGGUUGGGUUGUCAUCAUGUGGAGUUUCCUCCGUACCGUCGCUCUUCAUCUCCAAGUCUGCUGGGAGAUUCUUAUCGGACCCAAGUUCAUGGCAGCAGCUCUCUUGGCCGGAUGGGGUAUUCCAGCUAUUGGUCUGGCGCUCAUGCUCGUCUUUACUGGCGUGUCCUACCGCUUCGGAAAUACCUGCCAUAUCAACCACGCCAACAGCUUGAGAGACUACUGGAUUCCACUGAUGGUAUUCGCUUUUGCUGCUCUUUUGCUGCAGAUGACCACUCUCAUUUACUGCAUUCAUAUCUAUGUCAGGUCCUUUUUCGAUGACAAAGCCACGACGACCAACAGCUCGGCUUUGCCAUCCUACUCCGGCAGCGUUCGCAGUACUACUGCACGGCAGGCGUACAGGCGCGUGCGCAGAGUUAUCCAGCUGCAAUGGCGAGGAAUUGCAAUUGUUUUGACUAUCAUUGGCAAUGUGAUCUUCUUCGCAGUUGUCUUCAUCAGAAUGGAUAACUCAUUAAGGCUUUCGCCCGAAAUGGAAAAGAAAGCAGCAGGUUGGAUUGUAUGUCUGGCCCUCACCAAGGGCGACCGCAAUGCAUGCGUGGACAAAGCCCACGGGGUAGGUCCAAAUGAAGCCACCGUUCUGGCGGUACUUAUUCUUCUAUCUCUGAGUGGUCUCUGGAACUUCAUCUUCCUGGUGCGAACUACCAUGAUCAUGGGAUGGGUUAAUCUCGUGAAGGGUCUAUUCAAACCCCAAAGCGAAUUCGUCUCUGCUGAUGCUAGGGUUAGUGUUCCGGAUCCUCGAUCUUACGAGAUGCUGAGCUCCGGAGACAAGUCGCUGAAAUCGCCGGAUCCGGUUGUCACAUCGCCAGACUCUGGGAUGUCGUCCACGCUGCGUUUUUCUGAUAGUAAAGGCCAGGAACCCGGCGAUUACUUUGGACGUGACGCGAAAUAUACACAACCAGCCUACAGUUUCUCAGCACCCCGGCCCCCUCCCGCAUCGCGUGGCAACUCUCCGGGCCACUGGGAUCCUCAAUCCACCUUUGCUCGUUCUACUUCUCCGUACGGCCACGACUAUGACUACCAGAAGCCAUGAGAAGCUUGUCCUCUCUUUCCGAUCUGUUGCCAUUACCUUUUCGAUAUACUUUGGCCAUUUGUCUCGGCGCUCAUAUAUUUGGAGCUGCAAUAUCCCUUCAGGUUAUGGGAUAUCCGUUUUUAUCUCG